CUCGGACCAACGAUGUCACAAAACUGGGCAAUAGCAGUGUUUCUUUUAUAUGGCGUUGUAGGCCAACAUUUAGGAGGGGUCCAUGAAGGAAUUUUUAAUGGAUUCCCACCCAUGGAUAAUCUUCAACGAGACCCAAAUCAACUUUGCGGCCUGAAAGUAACUGAGGAUCACUCGAAUCUUUAUCAGUAUCCCUGGGUAAUUUCCCUGUUCGGCAGAGGUAAUUUCAUGGGAGGCGGUUCCCUGAUUUCCCCUGGAGUAGUCCUAACAGCAGCCCAUCUCCUGGUGGGUUUGGCUGAGCCGGAUAUUGUGGUCAGAACUGGUGGUUGGGACAUUACAUCCCGUACUCAACCCUUCAUGUCUGAGCAACGCCAAGUGGCCAAAAUUGUGCGUCACAAGGAUUUCUCAUAUCGGCUGGGAGCCAACAACAUAGCACUACUAUUUCUAAACACCCCCUUCGUGUUGAAGGAUCACCUUCGAACCAUCUGUUUGCCCAGCCAGGAAAGAUCCUUCGACCAGAGACGCUGCUGGGUGGCAGGAUGGGGAAAAGCUGGAUUCCAGGAUAUUUCCUAUUCAAAUAUCCAAAAGAAAAUCGAUUUGCCCCUGGUAGAACGAGCAGCAUGCCAGGAUCAGUUGAGGAAAACCCGUUUGGGAGCAGAGUAUGAGCUGCCCGCUAGUCUAAUUUGCGCCGGCGGAGAGAAGGAUAAGGAUGCCUGCCUGGGCGAUGGAGGAUCUGCCCUAUUCUGUCCCCUCGAAGAGGAUCCAAAUCGCUUUGAACAAAUAGGCAUCGUCAAUUUUGGCAUUGGCUGUGGCCAGGAAAACGUUCCGUCUACCUACACAAAUGUGGAAAUAUUCCUCGAUUGGAUUUAUCAGCAAUUGGCGAGGGAUUCUAGCAGUGUCCCACUGGCUGGGCAUUUACCUUUAAGCUUUAAAAAUACACAAAUGUAAUAAACUAU